AUGCUCACAUCGCACAUUGAUCAGAUAAAUUCGGGAGAUGCGGCGCCAGACCUCACAAGGCUUGCAUCCCCUACUACUAAGACCCGUGUCUUCAUCCUCUCGGAUAUCGAAAAUGAACCGGAUGACCAACAAUCCCUCGUGCGGUAUCUGCUAUACGCAAACGAAUUUGAAACCCAGGGAAUUUGUGCUGUCACUUCCGCAUGGUUGCCAACACGAACCGCCCCGGAGGCGAUGCGUACAAUUAUCAAUGCGUACGGCAAAGUUGUUCAAAACCUCAAUAUGCAUGUACACCCUGAUUCACAAUACCCAACAGCAGAAACUCUGCUUCAACUUGUCUCUUCUGGAUCAGCUGUAUAUGGCAAAGAAGCACUUUCGUUGCCUCUCAGCACUGGUGCACUAAAUCUUGUGAAUGCACUAGAGGAGUCAGUAGAGCCGCUCUGGGUCCUGAGUUGGGGAGGGACAAAUGUGCUCGCGGAGGCGCUGCAACACCUGCGCAAAACCAAAUCCUCGGCCGAGGAAGGGAUCUUACACUCACGACUAAGAGUAUACACGAUUUCUGAUCAGGAUGAUACUGGAGAAUGGAUUCGAAAUACAUUUCCGGAUGUAUUUUACAUUUGCUCAAUCCACGGAUUUGGUGCCUUUGAUAUGUCGACUUGGCAAGGCAUCUCGCACCCGAUAUCUGGUGGGGACCUCACGAAGGUAUCAACCGAAUGGCUCCAUGCGAACAUACAAAAAGGACCUCUCGGGGAUGUGUACCCGACGUCAAUGCACAUUAUGGAGGGUGAUACGCCAACUUUCCUCUACCUUAUUCAGAAUGGAUUGGGAAGCCCAGAAAGACCGGAGUUUGGCAGCUGGGGCGGACGUUACAGGGCUGUUAAUGUCGGUAGCGCGCACUAUGCUGAUGUCGUCGAUACGAUCAUUGACGCUCAUAUGACAAAACGUACGGAUCAAAAAGCUACGAUUUGCCGGUGGCGUGAUCACUUCCAGAAUGAUUUUAUGGCACGCAUUGGUUGGACAUUAACAUCGAAUUUCUGGCAAGCUUGUCACCCUCCUGUCCCGAUCGUCGAUGGUCACCAAGGCCCGACCUGCAUAACGCGAAAGGUGAGAUCUGGUAAUGUUAUCGUUCUAGACGCUGGAGGAUCUUACGACCCUGAUCACCCGGAGGACAAUUCGCAGCUGGAGUUCCAGUGGUACCAAUACAUGGAGCCAACUAUUAGUCAUCCCAUUGGGGCAGAAGCCGUGCCGCGGUGCACCAUACAGCCUCUUUCUCCCCCAUCCGUUGCCGGAGACAAAUUACCCUACAAUGAUUCCGGUUUUGAGAAUGUGGUGCUUGGGUCGCGGGUCGAGAUCAUGAUACCGGAUAGCAAGCAACCUGCACUGUUUGGUCUACCAGCCCAACACUGGCUUCCUUACACGGGAGUUUCUAGUAUGGCAUACCAUAUCAUUCUACAAGUGUCCCACAAGAAUGUGCCAUUCCCCGUUCGGAGGUACUUACGUAUCAUUCUGGAUGCGGGUUUGUCGUGA